CGCGGGUCCUGCCUGUGCCACCGUCGUUCAGCGUGUGUCCCACGGUCAGUCGACCUGUCUAGUCUUAUCCACCUUAUGUCAUCAUGUCUCGCUGCCUCGCGCUGGCUCGGUUCGCCCUCGGAGCCUCUCAGAGGGCGAACUCACGGCUAAUGUCAUGUGCACGAGGGCUGAGCAGCCAAACUAUCUCGCGCUCCUUCGCUGGAGACUUGCAGGUUGGGCAGCAGCAGAGGUGGAGCAGUCGGCCCAGAGUCUGGAGCUCCCAGUGGUCCUGCCUCGGCUUCAGCCAGCAGUCUUACUACAGCACCCAGGAGGCCGAGAAAGAGCCUGAGAAGGAGCCUGAGGUGGAGCCUCUGCACAUCAUCAUCAGUGAUACAGAGUCUGUACAAGGUAGCUUCUCCAAACAUGAAUUUCAGGCUGAGACGAAAAAACUGCUGGACAUUGUUGCCAGGUCCUUGUACUCCGAGAAAGAGGUGUUCAUCAGGGAGCUGAUCUCCAACAGCAGUGACGCGCUGGAAAAACUGCGCCACAAACUGAUUACAUCAGGUGGUGAAACAGCUCAGAUGGAGAUCCACCUACAGACCGAUAGUGCCAAGGGAACCUUCACCAUUCAGGAUACAGGAGUGGGGAUGAACCAAGAGGAGCUGGUGGCCAACCUGGGGACUAUCGCCCGCUCCGGUUCCAAGGCAUUUUUGGAUGCCCUGCAGAACCAGGCGGAGGCCAGCAGCACCAUCAUCGGUCAGUUCGGGGUGGGAUUCUACUCUGCCUUCAUGGUGGCUGACCGUGUUGAUGUCUACUCCCAGUCCGCAGAGCCCGGCGCACCCGGAUACAAGUGGUCCUCAGACGGCUCUGGAGUUUUUGAGAUCGCUGAAGCCAGCGGUGUUCAACAGGGAACAAAGAUCGUGCUUCACCUCAAAGACGACUGUAAGGAGUUUUCCUCGGAGGACAGAGUUAAAGAGGUUGUGACAAAGUACAGCAACUUUGUCAGCUUCCCCAUCUUCCUGAACGGACGGAGGCUCAACACUCUGCAGGCCUUGUGGAUGAUGGAGCCUAAGGAGAUUAGUGACUGGCAGCACGAGGAGUUCUACCGUUACGUUGCCCAGUCCUACGACAAGCCCCGCUACACGCUGCACUACCGCGCAGACGCCCCGCUCAACAUCCGAAGCAUCUUUUAUGUCCCUGACGCGAAGCCGAGCAUGUUUGACGUAAGCAGGGAGAUGGGCUCCAGUGUGGCUCUGUUCAGCAGAAAGGUCCUGAUCCAGACCAAAGCCACUGACAUUCUGCCCAAGUGGCUACGCUUCCUCCGAGGUGUGGUGGACAGCGAGGACAUCCCUCUGAAUCUGAGCAGAGAGCUGCUGCAGGAGAGCGCCCUCAUCAGGAAGCUCCGUAACGUUUUGCAGCAGAGGGUGAUCCGCUUCCUGCUGGACCAGAGCAAGAAGGAGCCAGAGAAGUACAACAAGUUCUUUGAGGACUACGGCCUCUUCAUGAGGGAGGGCAUCGUCACCACCCAGGAACAAGACGUCAAGGAGGAUAUUGCAAAGCUGUUGAGGUUUGAGUCUUCUGCUCUGCCAGCGGGCCAGCAGACCAAUCUGAUGGAGUACUCCUCCCGCAUGAAGGCUGGCACACGCAACAUUUACUACCUGUGCGCCCCCAACCGCCAUCUUGCAGAGCACUCCCCCUACUAUGAGGCCAUGAAACAGAAAGACAUGGAGGUGCUGUUCUGCUACGAGCAGUUCGAUGAGCUGACGCUGCUCCACCUCCGGGAGUUUGACAAGAAGAAGAUGAUCUCAGUCGAGACCGACAUCGUGGUGGAUCACUACAAGGAAGAGAAGUUUGAGGACAGCAAGCCUGCCUCUGAGCGUCUGACGCAGGAGCAGGCCGACGACCUGAUGUCCUGGAUGAAGAAUGCUUUGGGCCCCCGAGUCACCAACAUAAAGCUGACUCCUCGUCUGGACACCCACCCGGCUAUGAUCACAGUGCUGGAGAUGGGUGCUGCACGCCACUUCCUCCGCACCCAGCAGCUGGCCCGCACCGCUGAGGAGAGAGCUCAGAUACUGCAGCCCACACUGGAGAUAAAUGCAGGACAUGAUCUGAUCAAGAAGAUGCAUGCACUGAAGGACACAAACUCUGACCUGGCUGGACUGCUACUGGAACAGAUCUAUGACAACGCCAUGAUCACAGCAGGCCUGAACGAUGAUCCCCGACCGAUGAUUUCCCGCCUGAACGAUCUGCUGGCUAAAGCUCUGGAGAAGCACUGAGAGCUACUCACAGACAUGAACAGCGCAGACUGACUUGGUUUCGAUGACAGUGGUCUGUAGACUGAAGCAUCGACAGCAGCUGAAGGACCUACAAAGCUGGAGAAGUGCAGCCUUUGGUUUAUCUGCGGCCAUAAAAUCACAUUUCUUUCCCCUCUGGAGUACUUCAUCCCCCUUAUGGAGAGCACAUGAUGGAGUGAAGAUGAACAGCUGGAAGCUUCUCCAUAAACUCUUAUGUAUUUAUGCUCUGUGUUCAGCCGUGUUUCAAAUGGUAUUAUUAUCAGAGGAUAUGUGCCAUAAAGAAGGUGGUCAUGGUCACACUUGUCCUUUCACACUCCAAUCAUGCCUUGGCAUGUAAAAAUGGAAUUUUUCUGAAAUUGCAAUCUUGGUUUCAAGACCAGGUACUGCAAAAAUAAAUGAAUAAUCUGGAUGCAAACCAGCACAAAUGAUGUAGAGGGAAAGCAGGAAAGAGGUUUGUCAGGCCAAGAGUGUGGAAGUAAAACUAUCAUUUCAAAAUAUCAUGUGUAACAGCUAAAGAUACAUGGAGUUUUAUUCUAAAGUGAUCAAGGUUCAAUUAGAAAUACAAGACGUCCUCUCUGCUGAAUAGAGCUGUUAAGUUUCUGUUCUCUUUUCUUUGAGCCCUCCACAUUUAAUAUUUUAUGUUCACUUUUGUUGUUUAUAAGAAACUGAAUACCUGAAAUGUGGGAAUAUUUCAUGUAAUGAAAUAUUUUUGAACUGGGUCAAAUGAAAAAUAACUUUCGCAAUUUGUAUAUGGUAGAUGCUGCAAAUAUGACUUGUCAACUGUCAGUGGUCAAACAUGGAUUCUCAACAGGUUUCAUUGGUAUUAAAGUACUUAAUAUAAAAUGGA